UUUUGAAAUUUGGGGCUUUAUAGCAGACACACAGACAAAGCUGAAGCACACACUAAGUUAGAGGACAUUUCCGUUUCUUUAAAGGCAAACAGUCUCUUCAUUGGCUCCACCCAUAGAACUUCCUGACUGAUUGGAUUGGAAUGCACGGUUUUGCUUCAUAGUUGAGCAGAAGCACUGCCUCAAAGAGGUCCCUCAUCACUUCCUGAAGAAGAAGGUCUGAGCAUUCCUGAUCUUGAGAGUCGACUUGCCUCAGCAUGGCUGCCCUUGAAAACACUGAGGUGAGGAUCAUUUUGGUAGGGAAAACUGGACACGGAAAGAGUGCCACAGCAAACACCAUCCUUGGGAGACACCAAUUUGAGUCUAAGAUUUCUGCCCAUGCUGUUACCAAGACCUGCCAGAAAGCAUCCCGGGAAUGGAAAGGGAGAAACCUUAUUGUAGUCGACACUCCUGGGCUCUUUGACACCAAGGAGACCACGAAAACCACAUGUUCAGAAAUCAGCCGCUGUGUCCUCUACUCCUGCCCUGGGCCUCACGCCAUCAUCCUUGUUAUGCAGCUGAACCGCUUCACGGACGAAGAGCAGAAAACUGUUGAUCUGAUCAAGGGCCUUUUUGGGGAGGCAGCAAUGAGGUACAUGAUCGUCUUGUUCACUCGAAAAGAGGACCUUGAGGACCAGAGCCUUGAUGACUUUCUAGGCCAAACAGAUUGCAAGUUACAUAAUACUAUCUUGCAGUGUGGGAAACGCUACCUUGCCUUUAAUAACAAAGCAGGAAAAGCUGAGCAAGAGGAGCAAGUACAGCAGUUGGUAGAACUGAUAGAAAAAAUGGUGGACAGAAAUGGAGGGUCUUACUUUUCUGAAAAGAUAUAUGAGGACGUAGAUAGAAGACUGAAACAGUGUCAAAGGGAUCUGGAGGAAACUUAUACUCAACAACUCAGUGUUGAAAUCAAAAGCAUAGAAAAUAUACAUGCUAAUAAAUCAGAGAAAGAAAAGAAGAUGCUCAUUGAUUCUGCAAAGAGAAAUUAUGACGAAAAAAUGAGAAAUCUGAAGGAAGUGGCGGAAGAGAGUAUAUUUGAAUACAUUUUCAAAAAGAUAAGUGAGAUGCUUUUGAAACUUUGGGACAAGUUGGGAUUGUGAUGUAGAUGUCAUUCUUUUAUUAUUGACAUUUGUUCUUUGACAAUCUCAUACAAACAUCAUAUAAUGUGUUCUCAUUAUAUUCAUGCCUUUUUGUUUUGGUAUGCUCUUUGCUUUGUGAUCCACUGAGUUUAACUAUGUUCAUGUGUGUGACAACAGGUUUAGAGCAAUUUGCUAGAGAAUUGUGGGCCACCAGGAAGAACACAGCGAAUGACAAUGACUCUUCCUCUCCCAGAAUUCAUCAGCAGUUACUAGUUCAGCAGGGUGGAGUAGGUUCCCAUGAGUAGUACCUCCUCUAUCCAGGCCUAGAGGUGCUGUGAGCUCAUGAUUGCCAUUACUGCUUCCUGAAUGCACAGACACACACACACACAGCCUCAGAGUUUCACUACAGGUGACAGAGCAGACUCAGAUGACUAUGUGGAAUGAACCCUGAGUAUCGGGAUGUACAAGUCUUUUGUGAAAUAUUCUAAUCUUCAGGGGGAAAAAAGACUUCCCACCAUCUUCCUGGAAGAAGAUGACGUGCAGUUCUCUGAAUUAGGGGGAGGGAGGAGACUAUAGGGCCCACUGUUUCUACUAACCCCAACUUCAUCCUGUAGUAACCUAGUUCUUCCUAGCUGACAUUUCUGAACAGCCUUUAUGUUUCAGCCUCCAUCUCUACCCACCUCCAGCUGUUCUGAGUUUGUGUGGGAAGUCAGUGGUCUGUCCAGUGUACUCUCACCUUUUCCUGUCUUCCAGGUAUUUGGUCAAGUAUCUCAUCAUGCCUAAUGAGUUUACUUUCAUUCCCUCCAUAGCCCUGCGAUCCCUUUAGCGGGUGUGUUGGAUGUGAGGCGGCUGCCUGUGGUGUAUAAUAGGUGCUAGACCACAGUACUGUUCUGUAAUUGACUUUCCAUAAGCCAAGUUAUCUUGACUUCAAAAUUUCUGAUGUGUUGUUAAAUGGAAAUGGAACACAGCAGAACAAAAUGCACAAAAUACUUUCACGUAGUUACAAAGACACUCCCCCCCCCAUGGCCAUUCCUGCAUUCCCAAGGAUAUUUUAAAUAAACAUUGGUUCAAAAUAACUAAUAAUAAAAAUAUUCUGAUGAGAUCGGGCGCGUUCAGGGUGGUAUCGCCGUAGACAAUAAAAAUAUUCUGAUUUUUUGUUUUUA